CAGCAUAUAUUUAUUUAAAUAACCAGUUUGCGUUAAAAAUAAAGUGAAAAUUGUUCAAACAAAAAAUCGACGGACAAAUAGGAGGAGUUUAAACAACUGGACAACCAACAACGAGGAAAUAUUAAAUAGUUUAUAAUAAUAAUAAUAAUAGUAGGAAAUAAUAAUAAGUGGAACGAAGACACGUGGAUCGAUAAAGAAAUUAGUUGAUCAUAUAUAAUAUACUACUAGACAUUGGCUUUGACGUUAUUAUUAUUUAUUAUUUAUAAAGAUGAUCCUUUUUAUUUGGAUGAUGAUUUUUCAUUUUUCCUGUGGAUAUUCUUUGGAAAAAAAUGAAAGUUUAAUUGGACGGGCGAUAAAAGAAAAAAUAAAUUUUGGAAAUUUAACAGAAUUUAAUUUUGGGAAUUUGACAGAAGUAAAUUUGGGGAAUUUGACAGAAGUAAAUUUGGGGAAUUUGACAGAAGUAAAAUUUGGAAAUACGACAGAUAAAAUUGAAUUUGAAAAUACGCGGGAAAAAAUCGAAUUUAAAAAUACGACAGAAAAAAUUAGAUUUGAAAAUUCGGCGGAAAUAAAAUUUGAAAAUUCAACAGAAAAAAUAAAAUUUGAAAAUUUAAUAGAAGAAAAAAAUUAUAAAAAUGUUGUCUGGAUAAUGAUUGAAGAUUUUGAUGAAUUUUUAAUAAAUAAAUUAAAUAAAAAUAAAUUAUUUACUGCCAAAGGAUUUUAUCAGAAUUGUAAUAAAACUGAUGAUUGUAAUUGCAAUAAAAAAUUAAAUAAUAAUAUCAAUGACUUAAUAACAUGGACACGAUUUAUUAAGAAAAUAAACAUUGGAACAAUAUCACAGCGUAAAUUAACAUCACCAGUAAUUUACAAUAAUUUUAAAACUAAAAACCACCGAGUUAAUAAUAAAAAAAUGACAUUUGAAAAUAAUCAUGACAUCAACGAAUCGUUAAUAAAUCGCACAAUUAAUCGGGAUGACGCAGAUCUCAAUGGACUUUGGGAUUUACUUGAUUUUUUCACGAGACUUCGAUUGUCAUUUUUAAAAAGAAUUUUUCCUUGGAAUUCAAUUUCACAAACGAUACCGAUAAAUUCAUUAACUAUUGAUAAUAUUUUUAAUCAUAUGGUCAAUGAUUUUAAAUUAUUUGAUAAACAAUUCUUAUUGAUUACUUUUACUCCCAAGGAAUUUUUGGAUAAAAUAUUAAAUGAAAUUAAUGAGACAAUAAUAAUUAGCGGAGUUUGUGGUAAUAAUAAAGAGAUUGCAUAUUUUGCAACUGAAAAUUCUAAAAUAUUUGAAAGUAUUAAAACAAUUUAUGAAAUUCCAAAUGUUAUUAAAUCAAUUUUAAAUAAUUGUAACGGAAUUUGUAAUAAUACACUUGAAUUUAAAUUUAAAAAACGUUUUAUACGAUCCACUGAUGACGAAAUUAUACCAGACGAUAAAAUCGAAGACGAGCCAGAAAUCGAAAAUGAAGAUGAAGAUUUAAUUGAAAAUAAUUUUACAGAUGAUUUUGAAGAGCGAAAAUCCAGAAAUUCAUCGUCCGAUUUAUCAAAAAAUCUUAUAAUUAUUUUUGAAUUUAUUUUAACAAUAAUUCUCUCAUUUAUUUAAAAAUAAAUUUAUUGUUCCAUCAUCGAAUCCCGUAUUAUUAUUUUCGAUCUAUUCAUUCCUACCAUUUUACCUCCAAAUUACCUUCCA